CGUCUGAUGGAGCUGUCAAAAUCGACCUUGGGGGGUUUGGAGGCCCUGCAGGACCCAACAAUAAUCGACAAUGAGACAUUCCAUCGAUUAGUGGAUUUCGCUGUCUUGAGUUUAACCGGAAAAACAGCCGGAAAAGAUCUCUCAACCUUCUAUGAAUCUACAAGAGUGGACGUCAUAAAAUCCGCCUACACAGAUCUGACAAGUCUCUUCGUGGAGUCAGCAAGGCAGAACUACGACGCCGAGAAUCUAUCGACUUACCUGCACUCGCAAAAAUUGUUCGGUAAUCGCGUUGAAAAAUUAUGCGACACAUAUAAAAUUCACCGUGAAUCCCUUAUUCACCAAUUGGGUAGCAUCGGGAAUACACUUCCUUGCGUAAUAGAUGUGGACUGGAGACUCGACUACUGCAUUAAGUCGAGUACAGAUAAUGAUGUGAGCGAGUGUGUCUAUCACGUGCGUCUAACUACGAAGAAACACAAUAAAAUUGAAUAUGUCAAUUUUACGUGUUCGCUCCAUCAACUUCAAGAGCUUGUCUAUAAACUUAAAGACGCAGUGAGACACGUCGAAAAACUUUCAACAUUGUAAAUCAUUGAUUAGACCGUAAAGGCCAGUAAACCGAGACCUAAUAAACUAUUAAAAUUUUACAAAUACCAAGAGGCAACAGGAAGCGAGUCUAUAGAUGAGAAAAAAAUAUCUAUAUAUAUGCAUGAAAUAUAUGCACUAUAAAUAAGUGCAUAAAUAUAUUUUGGAAUUGUUUCCCCUGCAAUUAUUUCGUAAAUUUAUAAAUGCGCUUGAUUGACUCAAGAAUGCGAUGAUGGAGUCGAUAAAGUAGUUUCAUGGAGAAAAAAAAUGAUUUCAAGAGAUUACAUAAGGCCCGAGAUUCCUUAAACUUAAAAAGUAUCAGAAAAAGAAAAUGUGGAAUUAAAGUAAAUGCACAUAUCUGAGGAAUUCCGUAUGAAGUUCAGGUGUUUGUAAGACAUUCCGUGAAUCGAAUCUUGAAAUAAGACUUUUCGCCGCAUAUUAAGUCUUAACUUCUCCUUAGAACUGCAAGGAAAAGGUCUAACUUGAUAAUGUAAAGUGUAAAAUAAAAAUAAACAUUUUUUAAAGACA